AUGGUUGAAGUUUUUGACGCUCGGUCACAUGAUCAAAAAUAUGGGACCUGGCAUCAUCCGGAGAAGAGAAAAGAUCAAGACGGUUUCGCUUCUGACCCAGUUCGGAGUGAGUCGGCUCUGAACAGUCCGACGGAACCGGAUGUCUCAUUGGCAGCCUCCCUCACCGACCCCCUGGAGGCGCACACCCUCGACGAGGCUAGACGUACUAUCAGAGAUCUCCGAAUGAAGUAUCGAGCUCAAGCGCAUCAACUAUUGACAUGGCGCCGAGCGCAUCGUACUCAAGAAGAACUAGUCACACGCCUUCAGCGAGAGAAGGCUGAGCAACUUAAAUCUCUUUCAAGUCAACUCCUCUUAUUCGAAUCGCGUCUGGUUCGUAAACAGAAGGAGAUCACCAACAUGCUAGCUUUACGAGAAACGAUUAUCAUGAAACAGCAAAAGGUAAUCGAAACCCUUCAAACCAAGUUACUCGAUAACGGAAUCGAUACUUCACAAACGAUUCCCGACUUCAGAGACAUGUUACAAGAUACACAAAUAACUGGCGACUUUGAUUCACUUAAUGAUUCAGAUUCCGCUGUUAUAAUGGAAGAUGUAGAUUCGGAUUGUAGCAACCUUCCUCAUGUGCCAAGAUUCAGAUCGGCUAACCCAGAUAGUGUCACAAUAGUUCGAUCCAUAUCAGAUGCAAUAGAUCCAAAUUUGAAAUAUAGCGUCGUUAGGCGUUCAAAUGGUUUUCUACGGAGACCGGAGAUAUUGGAGACUGUUUACAGUGUUGAAGAGGAAGCCGAUGGAGAUUCCACUAAAGGCUUAAGUGCACAAAAUAGCACAGAAAAGGAACUGAAAGACGCCAAUAAAACAGAUGAACAGAAAUAUAAGGAAACUAGUCUCCUCGCGCAGAGGCGAGACAACUUUCGCAUGAGGAGCGUAGUUUUAACCGCUGAAGUUAAAAGUAUAGACAAUGAGAAAGAAACAAAACCUAAGUCGAAUAACGAGGUCUGGUCAUACAGCUACGUCCCAAAAAGAAUGAUGCCACCAAAUGAUUCCGAUGAGGAAGUAACUUCAAAUCCAGAAAGCGACGAGGGGGAGACAGAACAAAAGACGAAUCAGGUGGUGACUUACAACCGAGUUAUGUCGAAUCAUAGGAAUGUGACGAAACCGAAAGACGUCAAGUACAAAAGAAUAAAUAAGGCCAAAUCGAAGAGCUUAGAGGAGUUGCGCGGGAGAUUAAAGAAUUGGGUCGAAAAGGGUAAUAAUUUAUCUGAUAUGCCGUUGGAGCAUGCACAGAGUUAUGCCUGA